AUGGAUUGGGCAUCAAAGUUGCCCUUUGGGCAGUCGAAAAAUGCGGAGCCACACAAAGACGAGCAGUCGCUCACCACAUUACUAAGUGCAGACCAAUGUGCGGAUCUCACGUUCCUGAUCGCGACAAUUACAGCGACCAUGCGACAGGCUUUCGUGGACACUUUUGUUGCAGAAGAAGCAUCGCUGGAUCCUAAGGUUGCGAAGUCAAAAGAGCAGGCCCUGAUAGACGCGCCAUCUGACCUCCAAAGCGUCGACGUAGCGAAAGAAGCCAAGCUGAAGCAAGAACGACAAAAACGUGAGCAAAACGCAAAGGAAGAGCUUUCGAAACCAGAAGUUCAAGAACUGAAGAAAGAGAUGCUGCAAUACUUCGAUGAAUGGAGAGGCCAGGUCAUCAGCCGGAUCGGGGAGGUGGUCAACUCAAGGGAGGAGGCAAAGCAGCAGACCAAGCAAGUCGAAACCCACAAAAUCGAAGGAUUUGCAAAAUUGUCUAGACCGGAGGCCACAAGUCUGAAAGACCUCUCAGAGAAGGAUACGAACGAAGAUACAGCCUUCAAGGAGCGCUAUCCUGCCGUGGAAUCGCAGCUGGUACGCCUCGACGAGGCCAAACGAGCCUUGAUAUUGCACUCAGUUGUGCUCAUUCUCCUCAGUCUAGAGCACUACUCGGCUCACUCACGAGUCCUCUUGCUCUACCUUACCAGCUCACUACACCUCAACCUCGCUAUCCUCAAAAAAGAUGAGGAAACAGUCGCCCAAGGUCUUCUCGAAGCCGCAUCUCAGCAAUUGAACGCCGACGCCGAAACGAAGAAAGCUGCCGAAGCUUCUCAGACAGCGCGCAAAUGGAAGGUUGGCCUCGCUAGCGUCGCAGGAGCAGCACUCAUCGGUGUUACUGGCGGUCUUGCUGCACCUCUCCUCGCGGCAGGUGUAGGUUCCGUCAUGGGUGGUCUUGGGCUCGGUGCCACUGCUGCGGCAGGUUACCUGGGUACGCUUGCGGGCUCUUCGGUCCUUGUUGGUGGUCUGUUCGGUGCCUACGGUGCCCGCAUGACUGGCGACGCAAUGGACGCGUAUGCUCGCCAAGUCGAGGACUUCGCGUUCCUGAAUAUCCACCGCUCCCAAGACCCUUCGAAACGAGACAAUGAGACUCGCCGGCUGCGUGUUGCAAUUGCUAUCAGUGGCUGGCUGCGCGAGCCCGAGGAAGUUGUUGCACCAUGGCGUUACAUUGGCAAGGGCACCGAAGGCUUCGCUUUGCGCUGGGAACUCGAAGCCUUGCUCAAGCUCGGACACAGUCUGGAGACAUUCGUCACGAGUGCGGCAUGGGGCUAUGCGAAGAAGAAGAUCAUCGAGCAGACCGUCUUCGCUGCUCUUAGCGCAGCGAUGUGGCCCCUCGGUCUGCUCAAGGUUGCGACGUUGAUCGAUAAUCCGUUCAGUGUGGCAAAAUACCGCGCUGACAAGGCUGGCGAGGUGCUCGCUGACGCUAUCGUUAACAAGGUCCAAGGCGAGCGUCCGGUGACGCUUGUUGGAUACUCACUUGGCGCAAGGCUAAUAUACUCGUGUCUGCAGCGUCUGGCAGAUCGUAAGGCUUUUGGGCUUAUUGAGAAUGUCGUACUUCUUGGCGCACCCUGCCCAUCAGACACUGAAGACUGGCGCAAGAUGCGUUCCGUAGUUAGCGGCCGCGUUGUCAAUGUUUUCAGCACUCAGGACUACAUACUCGGAUUCUUGUACCGCACAUCCUCCGUCCAACUCGGUGUCGCCGGUCUACAGCCCGCGUUAGGUGUACGAGGCAUCCAAAACGUCGACGUCACAGAGCUUGUAGACGGACACCUACAGUACCGUUUUAUCACUGGCUCAAUCUUGCGCAAGAUUGGAUUCGAAGACGUCGAAAUUGCUGAGGUUGAGAAAGCGGAACAGGAAAUGGUCAAGCAGAAACAGAAGGAGGAAGCCGAAAGAAAGAAGAACGAGGGCGAGGCAACCGGAGAUGAGGAGAAAGAUGGCGAGAGGGAAAAGCAGAAGAUGGAGGGCGAGGUGCAGAAGAAGAGCGAGCAGAGCAUGUGGCAGAUUAUGCAGGAUAAGACGAAGAACUUGGACAUUGCAGGCUUCUUUGGAUCCAAGGACGAUACCGGCAAGGCGCUAACGGCAGUUGUCGACAAUAAGGAGCUCAAGAAGGAGCUCGAGAAGGCAUAG